AUGGAUCCCAAUGAGAUGCCUGCUGUGCCCUGCUGCCCCUCAGACUCCCCCACUGGUCUUGAGACCGGAGCCCCAUGGGGGAUUGAACUUGGCCCCAAAAGAGCUGUAAGUCGCUGUGUCCGCUGCUACAACCACGGCUUCACUGAGCAAAUCAAGGACCAGGAGCACUUCUGCCCCUUCCAGACCUGCAAUUGUCACAAGUGUGCCUUUUUCUCGGAGCACCGCAGUGUCUUGCCUGCUGAGAGUGCCUUGAACAAGGAGCAGGGGGCUCACCUAAAGAGGCAUCUGGCUCAAGGACUGACAAGGAGUGGGGCCUCCCCUCCCAAAGCUCACGGCCAUGUCACAAAGUUGACCAUUCAAGCAGGAGUCAUCACUGGGAAGGAGAACCUCAUGUCCCAGCUUGAGGCCCACUGCUGUGCAGCCCCCGGGGAGGCAAGCACCCAAGGAGCUCUGCUGACUGGUCAGGCCCCAAAACCUUUGUCUCCAUCUUGGACUCCAGCAGCCUUGAGGAUGCAACUAACAAUUUCUGUUUCGAGGAAGACCCACAGGAUCCCUGCCCUGCGCAGCCUAUGCUCAGCCCUGGUCCUCCAGCCCUGUGCCAUCCUUGGCCCUGUCCUACUGCAGCCACAGAUUCCUGAAGCCUCUGACCAGGACUUGGUUUCUGCCUCAGAGUGGCAGCGGAAGCUGGAAGCAGCCGAGGCUCUGCUGAUUCUGAGAGACUCUACCCAGGAGUCUUCUGGCUCCAUCUUCCUGCUACAGCCCUGCGUGGCAGCAGCUCCUGCUGGAGAUACAGGACUCCAGCCUCCUAGCCCCUCUCUGAGACCCAGGCCAGCCACCACUAUUUCUCUGCCUAUUGGACAUCUGGGGUGCAUCUCCUUCUUGAGCUAG